ACCCUAACCUCGUUGGAUUCUCGGCAAAAAUCCUCCCAAUUCGGAACCCUCCGAUGUUCCAGCUACCUGCGGGAGCUGAGCCGUGCUCGGUUUGGCGAAAUUUUGCACCCCUCUUGUGCUAGGACCACCCGGUUCAAGCUGUUCCUCGCUCCUCGGAAGGAUCAGGUCUUCACCGGUGCUCUCCGGCGCCGGAUCCAGGUUUGUUUCGGCGAGAGGUCGGGCUCUUGGCGGGGGCCAGCCCAGCUUCGAGCUCAAUUUGCCGGCCUGAGAUGGAAUCGCGACUGCGGUGCCGGUGCCGGUGGCUCAGGUACACCAUUCUUCGAUUUGCUUGUUGCAGUUCUCGGUUUGAGAUUCUUGUCGUUUCAUGGUGGAACCUCUGAAGUCUGAUGCAUGCGGACGCGCAGGCUUAGUUAUGCGCUUGCCAUUUUUCUCUACUCGCUGACCCGUGUUCUUAUCACCGAUGUCUUCGUUCUCUGUUCAGCUAGUCGCGUCGAGUCGACGCGCGAUUCCUGCCAUUUGGGUGGGCCAGCCUUUCCUGGCAAUCUCGGGGGGCGUUUCGCCUCGCUGCGUGGCAGAAAGGUGUGACGUGUGAUGCAUCCCAAGGCACGAAUCCACGCCGACCCGGUGCGCGAGGUCGACCACUUCGACUGCCUGCCGGAUUCGCUCGUCCUGCUCAUCCUGAACAAGGUCGAGGACGUGCGGUCGCUCGGCCGGUGCUACGCCGUGUCCAAGCGGCUCUGUGGGCUCGUUUCCCUCGUCCAUGAUGUGUAUGUCAAGAUUGACCGCGUCGUUGCGGUCGACGGCGACGCCGAGGGCACGCUCAACCUGUCCUCGCCGAAGCCUCGGAGCAUCUUCUCGCACUUCCUGAAGCUGAUGCUCUUCACAAUCAUCAAGCCGUUCCACAACAUGCGCAGCCCUAAUGGUACUGCGAGGCCAUUGUUCCCGCAGCUCUCGCAGCACUCACCGGCACAGGUGCUCAGGAACUUCACGCACGUCAGGAACCUUCGGAUCGAGCUCCCCUCUGGGGAUGUGGGUACUGAGGAGGGAGUUCUCCUGAAAUGGCGAGCAGAGUAUGGGAGCACACUUGAGAAUUGUGUGAUCCUGGGGGGUACCCGGGUUGACCGCAAGCCUGUUGGUGGAGAGCAUGAGCCAGCUUUGGAGGACAAUGGAAGCAUGCCAGAGUCUUUCUAUACCAAUGGUGGGCUGAAACUUCGUGUCGUCUGGACAAUCAGCUCUCUAAUCGCGGCAUCAACAAGGCACUAUCUUCUCCGCUCAAUCAUCAAUGGCCAUCCCACACUACAGAGCUUGGUACUGACAGAUGCUGAUGGCCAAGGCACAUUGUGCAUGGGGGCAAAGCAGCUGGAGGAGUUCAGAGAGAACCAGUUGUCGACCUCGGCAUGUUCCAACAGGACUCAGGUCCCAGCCUGCAACAUGAAGCUCAAGUAUGCUCCAUAUGUUGAACUGCCUGGUGGUAUGGCGUUGCAAGGCGCUACUUUGGUGGCUAUCAAACCCUCACCUGAGGGAAGCAAUGGAAGCCACCCUAACCGCAAGGAAGCCGAAGGAUUCGUCUUUGGAGCAUUCGAUGGGCCAUUUAAAGCUGCUGUGAAGGCGCUGAUGAAGAGACGCACUUACCUUCUGGAGAUGAAUGGCUUCUAGGAAUCUUGGUAUCUAGCUUGUUGGUGCUAUGCAUGGUACAUUUAGCUGAGUGUCUCAUAUGUGUAAUAUUCAAGAAGGCACCAUCUCUAGUUUUGAUGCUUGCUGUCUGCUGUUUUAGCUAUUUGUACAGUGUUAACAUUUGGUUAGAUAAAGAUCAUAUCAAGUCCUCUAGCGCAAUAGUGAAUCUCUCUACAGUUCACUAUUCUGGCCCAUGAUGUCCUGUGUGAUAUGGAAGACUGAAGCAUCCUACUGUUAACUCUUUUCAAGUGAAACAGCCUUGUGACCAUCUAAUGUGUCAGCACUGGGAUUGAGAUAUUCAGAUGCUCUCACCAGUGGACACAAGUUAUUAUAUAUAUAAUGUACAUUUUUCUC